AUGAAAAGAGAUCCAGAUACGGUCGAGCCUUCCACUGUUGAAAAAAGACAAUGUCUUCCUAAAGGGGUAGCCCAUUUGAAACCGCAAUAUAUUAUUAAGGAUCCGUUCUCUGGAAACAGGGAUAACAGUAAUAAUAAUGUCAUGGUAGCUGGUGAUGGAGAUGAGGAUGAGGAAGAUGCCUCUUCAGAAAGAUUCGAUAAUUUAAAUGAUUCCUCCAAUGGGGCUAAAAAAUCACGCAGAGGCAAUAAAAAACAAAGAGGUCAAAAUAAGAAUCGUGAUAAUAGACAGAUGAAAGAAACGAACAAAAAUAAAUAUGUGAUCUGUCCAAAACUUUUACAUGGCGAAGAUUUAUCCAAUUGCCCAUUUGGUGACUCAUGCAGAUUCAAUCAUGAUAUCAAGUUGUACCUAGAUAAUAAGAGUCCAGAGAUCGAUUGUGCUCAGAUCUUUGAUAAGGUGUUUCUUACAUUUACCAAAGACUCGCCAAACGGGGAGAUCAAGUUAGGUUGUCCUGUAUUCAAUUCUCUUGGAUUUUGCCCAAUGGGGUUCAAAUGUAGGUUUCUAUCUCACCAUUUGAACAAAGAGGAUCUAGCUUUAGUUAAAAAUGAAACCUUUUCAUUAGGCGACGUCAUGAAAUAUAUUCCUAUCUAUGAAGUUAAUAGGGAGUUCAAUCAUAUUACAUAUGAUCAGAAACAAGAUCUGAUUAAACGUAGAUUUCCAUUCUCAAAAAGCGAUCACAUUCUUGAGAUCAUAGAUGCUGUGCAGCAAGAGAAUCGUGAUGCAAUGAACAUCAACGAGAAGAAUAAAAGGGACACAACGGAGAAGUCACCCCAAAUGAUUCAAAGAGAGGCCGAAUUGCAAGAGUUGAGGGAUAAACAAAAGGAACUUUAUUUGAAAUAUAGAGACACUAAAUAUUUUGCAUCGGAGAAGCGAAAAUUGGAUUAUAAAGGGAAGAAGAUUCUGUCUCCAUUAACCACAGUGGGCAAUCUACCAUUUCGUAGAUUGAUGAAGAAAUUCGGUUGCGAUGUUACAUACAGUGAAAUGGCACUAGGUGUUCCGUUAAUUCAAGGUACGAACUCCGAGUGGGCGUUACCCAAAUGUCAUAUCAGUGAAAAAGGUGGAUUUGGUGUCCAGAUUGCAUGUAGUAAAGUAUGGCAAGCAUCUAAAGCUGCUGAAGUGUUAUCCAAAUAUUGCCAUGACACUGAAAACGGAUCAUUUACAUUGAGUGAAAUCAAUUUGAAUGCCGGAUGUCCUAUUGACUUAUUGUACAGACAAGGGUCGGGUAGUGCAUUGUUAGAUAACCCAGCUAGAUUGAUCAGAUGUUUGAAUGGUAUGAAUUAUGCAUCCGGAGAUAUACCGAUCACUGUGAAGAUCAGAACGGGUACUAAAGAUGAUAAUCCAAUGGCUGAUUUGUUAGUGAAGAGAUUGGUGCAUGAGACGGAUGUUUCAGGUAUAAUAUUGCACGGCAGGUCACGACAACAAAGGUACACGAAACUAGCUGAUUGGGAAUAUAUUAGGAAAGUUGCUGUCCAGUUGCGUGAAGAGGAGACUAAAUACAAUGAGGAAACACAAGGAUCGUUAGGUAAACAUGAAAGAAACAACGGAACAAGGAUCCAGUUUGUUGGCAAUGGAGACGUUAACAAUUGGGAAGAUUGGUAUGAAUACACGGAGAAGAUACCCGAGAUGGACAGUAUAAUGGUGGCAAGAGGUGCAUUAAUUAAGCCAUGGAUAUGGGAAGAGAUAGAUUCGAGACAAUAUUUAGAUAAAUCAAGUAGUGAAAGAAUGGAGGUUCUCUCGGAUUAUGCAAGAUAUGCGAUGGAACAUUGGGGCACUGAUGAAUACGGGAUAUCGCAAUGUAGAAGAUAUUUCUGUGAAUUCAUGUCAUUUUUCCAUAGAUAUAUACCAAUGGGUAUAUGUGAAAGAUACCCAGUUAAGUUAAAUGAGAGGCCACCAUACUGGCAGGGUAGAGAUGAAUUGGAGACCAAACUGGGAUCCUUUAAUGUGCAAGACUGGAUCAAAUUGAGUGAAUACUUUCUGGGACCAGUUGAACCAGAUUUCAACUUUACACCAAAACAUAAGUCUAAUUCUUAUUCCUCACCAGCCAUAACAACCACAAUGGCAGAAUAA